CUGGUUUAAUCUUGCACCCACAAGUUCAUUACCUCACUGUCACGUUGUCUGAACAGGAACGAUGAUCACAGUCCUUGUCGCUCUUUGUCUCUUAACAUCAGCAAAACCUUCUAACAUCAAGGAGCUUCAAGUUCAAAAAGUAAAGCGUGGAGAAAAUGUUUCUAUAAAAUGUGAUGACUUGUCCAGUGAUAAAAAUAAAUUAGUUUGGUUCAAACAGAGUUUUGGAAAGGUUCCUCAGUGGGUAGGGAGAGAAGUGGAGAGCUCAUUCAGAGUCGGUGCAGGAUUUAAUGAUGGACGUUUCAGUAUUAGUGUAAAUAAAAAUCUGCUUAAUCUCAACAUUAAAGAAAUCAAAGAAGAGGAUACAGGAACAUAUUUCUGUGCAGAAUUGCUGGAAUCUUCUCUACACUUUGGAUCUGGAACCCUUUUGGUUGUUGAAGCUGAGGAGAUGAAACGGCAUCCUCCGACUCUAAAGGUGAUGGAGAACGGAGAGUCGCUCACACUCCAGUGUUCAGUACAAGCGUUUAAUUCAAGCUGUGAAGAACAGAGUAUGUACUGGUUCAGACACGGCUCAAGAGAAUCUCAUCCAGGAAUCAUUUACACUCAUGGAGAUGGCAGUGAUGAGUGUAAGAAGAGCUCUGAGGCUGGUUCUCCUACACAGAGCUGUGUCUACACUCUCCCCAAGAGGAAGCUCACAACCUCUGAUAAUGGAACGUUCUACUGUGCUGUGGCUGCGUGUGGACAAAUCCUCUUUACUAAUGGAACUGAAGUUAAAGUAGCAGGUUACAGUUGUACUGAUCAGGCACAUGUGCUGUUCUUGCUCUUAAUUUUUAGAGUUGGAGUUCUUGCCAUCAUGCUCAUUAUCUUUACAAUAGUCCUCAUCAUUUUAAAAUUAAGAUCAGAUUAAAUAUUCAAAGACAAAUGCAAUGAAUCCUGAGCUAAGGAGAAAACAAUGUGUUAGCUUUCAUUAGUGUUGUGAUGCUCGAGACCUGUCUCAGUCUUGUCAUAAACUCGAAUAAACUUGAAUAAGCAUAAACUUGUUGCUGAAAUUCUAUAUGGUCUUUUCUCAGUCUUGGCCUACAAAGACUCAAAAUACUUCUUUUAGACACCACCUGAGACCAUAUCAUCAUCUCCCUGAGCCAGUAUUUUGUAAUGUUCCCAUAUACCUAUAUAUUAAGAGCCUGUUUCAAAAUAUUUCAUGUUCUUAUGUUCAAAAUAAUAUAGCACAAGUACUUGUGUACAGCUGUAUUUGGUCUCAAAGAUGUAUGAGACAAAACAAAUUCUAUUUUUUUAUGCACUUUAUUUACCUGCUGUAUGCUUAAAUCAAAGGAAAUGUUCUUUGAUUUACAAAUGUUUACAUGUGCUAUACUGCUUCAUGUUGCAUUUUUUAAUAAAAAAUUAAUAUUUUGUAUAACUAGCAAACUCAUUUUAUUUACCUCACACAUGCUCCCGAACCCGUCACUGUUUUAAUAUUACUCAUUGCUUAUGUUGGCUGUAUAGUGGAAUGACUUUGGUUUAACUGUGGUGUGAAGUUAUUCUUUAAUAUAUUUGCUAUCUUUUCUAUUAUUCAGUGUAAUUAAAUUUUGAAUACAGCUUCUUUAACUUAAACCAGCAGGAAAUAGAACAUAAAGUUGGUUUUUACUGUAUAAUUAAGUAAUUGUAUACCUAAUUAUAUCAAUUUCUUGUCCCAUUCCAUGUUUUUAGAAAUUAAAUUUGGAAUACUGAAUCAAUCCUUUACAUUAAAAAAAAUUACAUUUUGCCUCUUUAAUGAAAUCUACAAUAUGCAAUAAGUGUAAAGCCAUUUGUAUAGGACAGUAAGUGCAGCAAUGAUGCUGCCUCACAGCUUCAGGGUCCCAGGAUCCUGACCUCAGGUUACUCUCUGUGUAGACUUUCUCUUCAUCAGGUUUGCAGACAAGGAUACAAGUGCAGGUUGACAGGUUUUUAUUAAUCCAGGCAAUCAAAACAAGAACAAGAUUCAUGGUCAGGGUCAAGAUGCAGGCAAAAGUCAGGCACUCAAACUAGGCUUGGCAAGAGCAAGGCAAACAAUCAAAGGUUUAGUAACAACUAGAGAAAAACACAGAGCAUAUACUUCGCAGGGUGUGUGUGUGUGAACUGUGAGUGCUUAUAUACUGUGAAGGUGGCUGCGGUGGUUGAGUCCAGGUGUGUGCAAUCAGUAAUCGGGUGAACGCGAGAGUAUUUGUGAUGGAGGUGUGUUGUAGUCCUUGGCGGACAUGUUUGUAGGCCACGCUGUAUUCUGGGAGCUGUGGUCUGACACUGAUUCCGGCAUACCACUGACACACUGCAUGUUCUCCAUGUAAGCUUCCUCCAGGUUCUCCGGUUUCCUCCCAUAAACAUGGCAGUAGAUGGAUUGGCUAAGAAAAAAAUUGCCCAUAAUUAUAAAUGAGUGUGUGCAUGGUGCUCUGCAAUGGACUGGUGUCCCAUCGAGGAUGUAUUCCUAUUUCAGAAAGAGCAAUCAAUCUGUCAAUCCUUUCCAUGUCCAGGCCGCCAGGUUUCAUAUAAUGUGUUUAUUCCUGGUGGUGCUCUUCCAUCACUUCCUUUAAGUUUCAGCUUUGCAACCAUACUCCCGCCAAAACCCAAAGAUUCAUGGUUUCCCUCACCAUGACCAGCAGGUCAUGGGAAUAACGCAGCCGGAUCACGGGUCAGCAUGGUUUAUGGUCAGAACUACGACGGUAUCCUCUUUGAACUGGGUGGUUCUGCCACCUCAGGGUGAAAGAGGGCCUUUGAAAAUUUAUUGAAGUCGAGUGAGUUAUACCAGGGGCCAGGCACUUAAAACUAAACUCAAGAUUAGCUAAGUGCUGCAGCAGCACUUUGUUUAAACAUUAUUGCACAAAAUAGUUUGGACAUGUUACAGGUUCAUUAAAUGGUUCAAAGCUACAAAAUCGUGUGAGUAUUCUUCAGUUAAUACCAACUCUUUCUCUGUUAUGUGCUUUAGGGUGGAUACCAGGCCUCACACAGAUAGAGCACAGUCUUUAGCACUGUUUGAAUAAAUAGUGCUCAACAUUCUACAUGAUCUUUUUCAGGGACAUUAUCAUUGAUGAACUUCAUACAUUAGUGUUUUAGUCUGAGAUUCUAAUGGACAUUUGGACUGUUGAAGUGAUGGAAGAUAAGUCAGUGUGUGCAGCUGGCUAAAACACCCAGUCUCUAUCUGAGGCUUGAAACCACAAUGCUAUUUAUGUUCAUGUGAAACCGCUGCUUGAUGUGAGAGAGUGCUCCUGCAGCAAGUAACACGUCUUCAAAUGCAAAAGAGUGUUUUCAUACUUGGCUAAAAUAAUUCAGUCCACUUUCAGCCCAGACUGAUUCUGGGCAGGGCUCAUAAUUGGGAAGUUUGCUUUCAUACAAACAAAUUUGUUCCAAACCAUGAAUUGAUGAUGCAAUUCCAUACAUCACUUUUGAGCAAGCAGGUUUACAUAACACAAGGCACUAGGUUCAUCUUUUUAGGAUUUUUUUUUUUCCUUAUUUUCCUUUGGUGCCAGCACUCAAGUGGCAUGUCAUCCCCCUAUGCAAUACAAAAAGACAUGAAUUUUGUUUAACAGGCAAUAUACUACAAGUUGUCCAAAAACUCAAACCAAUGGGACUUGAAAUACAUAUAAUUGAUGUCAUAUUUAUUUACUUAUGUACACUUAUUUUUAUAUUUUUC